GAGACUUCUCUCUGGUGGAACAGGGGAGAAGGAAGAGCUUAACCCUGGCACUGGAGAGGCACUGAGAAAUGGCUGCAGUUCCAGAAAUCGAGCUUUUCAUCAAGGCAAGCGAUGAUGGUGAGAGUGUGGGAAACUGUCCCUUCUGCCAUCGCCUGUUCAUGAUCCUCUUUCUGAAAGGGGUCAACUUUACUCUCACCACAGUUGACAUGAAGAGAGCUCCAGAGGUUCUUAAAGACCUGGCCCCAGGCUCCCAGCCACCCUUCCUCAUCUAUAACAAAGAGGUGCACACAGAUAACAACAAGAUUGAGGAGUUCCUGGAGGCCACCCUGGCACCCCCACAGUACCCUAAGCUCGGCUGUCGCUACAAAGAGUCGAAUGGUGCUGGAGACGACAUCUUCCACAAGUUCUCUGCCUACAUCAAGAACCCCAACCCUGGACUCAAUGAAAUGCUCGAAAAGAAGUUCCUUAAGAGUCUAGUUAAGCUCGACCAGUACCUGCUGACUCCACUUCCUUACGAACUGGACCAGAACCCCAACUUGAGCGAGUCAAAAAGGAAGUUCCUGGAUGGCGAUUCGCUUACGCUGGCAGACUGCAACUUGCUGCCCAAGCUCCACAUUGUGAAGGUGGUGUGCAAGAAGUACCGAGAUUUUGAGAUUCCAGCAGCUCUGCAGGGCUUGACACGCUACCUGGCGGAGGUGUACAAACAGAGUGAAUUCCGGAACACCUGUCCCAAGGACUCUGAAAUUCUACUGGCGUACCACUCUGUGGCUAAAUUCCUCAAAAGGUAGAGCGGGAGCGGGGCGGAUAAAAAAAGAGGCAGGUCUGCGGUGAAUGAAACAGAAAUAAUACCAGAUUCCUGUAGGAUGCUUUUUCACUAAUGAUGAAACAGCCCAUUGUACCAUAUUACAGCAAAGGCUUAUUUUCUUUUGCAAUUCAUUCUGUAAACUCUGGAUUAAUGCAUUAUUCACCCUGUAACCAGUUCUGACAGGGCUACACAAAUACAAAUAUAGUACUUGGUGGCGAUAUGAGCAAAAGAAAAAAGAAAAAAUUAAAUGGCUUAUUUCCUUGGACUCUGCAGCACCUCCGAGGCAUAUAAUAUAUUAAUGUAAAUUCUUUUUCCCUGUAAUGCUUUUUUCAAUAGUGGUAAUAAAUAUACUUUAAGGACAAUAAAGCUUUAUUGCUAGAAUUAACCAUAAGUGGUUUCAAAACCAGAUUUUUCAAUGCGAGGGCAGUUUCAGUCUCCUGGAACAAACUGUGUGCUGACUCCUGUUAAAGCAGCUAUACGCUCAUGAAAUCUUUUAACAGAUUCACAAAUCCAGCAAGGUUAGUUUUGUGUAACUGUUAAGAAAUAGUCUUUUAAAGAAGCUUUUUUAUUUGUAAGAAGC